AUGGUAACCUCAUUACGCAGGUGCGCGCCUCUCACACUACCUCAUGGUAACGACAUGGCGACCGGCGGCACACCUGCAGCUGUACCGCUUGUAAUUAGGUUCAACUAUAAAAACUUCGAACAAAACGCCGGCGGCACCAACAAAAGGAGCACACACUGCAAAGUCUGCAAUAUUAAAAUCAAGGAUGCUGGUGCAACAACGUCAAAUUUCAUCAGGCACUUGAAAACUCACCCGGAGAGUGCAGUUUCACUGAUACGCUAUGUCACAAUCCUGACACAGCACUUCCUCAGACUCUCCUCAGUUUCAGCUCGCUCCUGCCCCGGAGUGCUGACUGCCUCUUUUGGACAAUGCCCAUCCUUGUUUGCAUCGCCCCCUCAUUUCGGGAAUCCCGGCAUUGCUGGUAACUACUGGUGGAUGAGGACGCACUUAGUCCAAUGGGAUGCUGGGAACCCAGAGUGUUUGCUCCAGCUGGUGAAGGAGCUAAUCCAGCAGUACCAUCACUAUCAAUGCCAACGUCUUCGUGAAAGCUCCCGGCUACUCUUUGAGUACGAUAGUCUGCUGGAAGAUCCCAACUAUGGCCGCAACAUGGAGAUUUAUGCCGGACGCAAGAACAGCUGGACGGGAGAGUUUUCAGCCCGUUUCCUUCUCAAGCUGCCUGUGGACUUCAGCAACAUCCCUGUCUAUCUCCUUAAG